AUGACCAUACUGAAUUCCCACUGUCACUAUGUGGUAGUGAAGCUCUUCGCUGAGAAACUGGGGGAGAUAAGUGACACAGCCGUACACUCAGUGCUGUCAACACUGGCUCUGCUCUACGCGCUGCAUGGCAUCACAAACAACUCUGGAGACUUCCUUCAGAUUUUAGCUAAUCAAAUUAGUUAUGAGUUUGAGAAGCUGGACUCUGAACGUGCCACAGAUGAUGCAGAAUUUCUGCUCGUAUUAAGGAAGCUGCUGACUGAGCUGAGGCCCAACGCUGUGGCACUGGUCGACGCCUUUGACAUUCCUGAUAAGAAGCUCAAUUUCACAUCAUGGCCUAUCAGUUCUACAGCAGUGCCUCCAUUUUUACUUUUGUGUGUGUGUGUUCUGUUUCUAAAUGUGCAUUCUGUAUGUAUAUGUUUGAUACAUUCCUUUUCAUUAGGCACCCACCUGAGAGGGCUUGAGACCACUGCCACAUAUGACCCAGCCACACAGGAGUUUGUCUUGAACAGUCCCACAGUCAGCUCCAUCAAAUGGUGGCCUGGAGGACUUGGAAAGACCUCAAACCAUGCUAUAGUUCUAGCCCAGCUCUACACACUGGGAAAUUGCCAUGGUCUCCAUGCUUUCAUCGUACCAAUUCGGGACAUGGACACCCAUGAACCACUACCAGGGGUUGUGGUUGGUGAUAUCGGCCCCAAAUUUGGCUUUAGUGAAGUUGACAAUGGAUUCUUGAAGUUGGAGAAUGUACGGAUUCCCCGGGAUAAUAUGCUGAUGAAGUAUGCCAAGGUAAUGUGAAAUGAUACUCAGGUGUGUGUGUGUGUGU